AGAGAGAGAAGUAGUGCACCUUUUGCUUUGGAUCAUUGCAUUUGUUCUGUCAUUUCCUUUUCUCUCCCUUUUACAAAGAUUGGCAGGGAAUGCAGAUUACUCUCCGCUAAUGGAAUUCUUUUCUCUCUCUUUUUUUUUAUCUCCAACACAAAAUUUACCUGCCAAACAAUCUUUUUGGUAAGGUUUUCGGAUUCGUAUAGGCGGUUGCUAUAAAUUGAUCAUCACGUCACCUCAUUUUUACCAAUCGCUUGCUCAAUUAUUUCUACUGCUUGCUUUCCAGCUGCCAUAUAUUUGUAGUAUGUCACAUGUAUGUGUGCUGCAUUGCAUUACUGUUUCUUGCAGGUCUAAUGGCGAAAGAGCAGGGUGGAUCCCCUAAGGCCCGCCAGCCAGAGUUCCAAAGGAUGCGUGUAACAUUAACCAUAGGUGUUAUUGGCCUCUGUGUUGCAUCAUACAUUCUUGGUGCUUGGCAAGGCACUUCAACUACUAGUAUACAGCCAUCCAUAAUGUACACUAAAACCCAGUGUGGUAAUCCCAUCUUGGGCGCCUCCACCAAUUCAUCAGGCACUCGUCUUGAUUUCCAAGCCCACCACCAGGUGAGCUUCAAUGAAUCAUCACUUGUUGUGGAAAAAAUCCCACCUUGUCAGCUGAAAUACAGCGAGUAUACCCCUUGCCAAGAUCCAAGGAGGGCGAGGAAAUUUCCCAAGACAAUGAUGCAGUACAGGGAGAGACACUGCCCUAGGAAAGAAGAGCUUUUCCGGUGCUUGAUUCCUGCACCACCAAAGUAUAGGAAUCCCUUCAAGUGGCCACUAAGUAGGGAUUAUGCUUGGUACAAUAACAUUCCUCACCGGGAGCUUAGUAUUGAGAAAGCUGUCCAGAACUGGAUUCAAGUUGAGGGGAAACGGUUUAGAUUCCCUGGAGGAGGCACAAUGUUCCCACAUGGUGCUGAUGCCUAUAUCGAUGACAUCAAUGCUCUCAUACCAUUAACAGACGGUAACAUCAGAACUGCACUUGAUACUGGCUGUGGGGUGGCAAGUUGGGGUGCUUAUCUUAUUAAGAGGGACAUCAUCACUAUGUCAUUUGCACCUAGAGAUUCACAUGAGGCGCAAGUGCAGUUUGCAUUAGAACGGGGAGUGCCAGCCAUGAUUGGAGUGAUGGCCACACAGAGGAUCCCUUACCCUGCUAGAGCAUUUGACAUGGCACACUGCUCCAGAUGUUUGAUCCCAUGGAAUAAGCUCGAUGGUAUAUAUCUAAUUGAAGUAGACAGAGUACUUAGACCAGGAGGCUACUGGAUCCUCUCUGGACCUCCAAUCCAUUGGAAGAGGCACUUCAAGGGCUGGGAAAGAACAGAAGAAGAUCUUAAGCAAGAGCAAGAUGAGAUUGAGGAUUUGGCAAAGCGCCUCUGCUGGAAGAAGGUGGUGGAGAAAGAUGAUCUUGCUAUAUGGCAGAAACCUGUCAACCACAUAGAGUGUGUUAAUAGUCGGAAAGUCUAUGAAACCCCUCAGAUUUGCAAGAGCAUUGAUGUAGACUCUGCUUGGUACAAGAAGAUGGAGACAUGCAUAUCACCUCUUCCAGAUGUGAAUAGUGAUGAUGAGGUUGCUGGUGGUGCUCUUGAGAAAUGGCCGAAAAGAGCAUUUACUGUACCUCCAAGAAUAAGUCGUGGCUCAGUUUCAGGCCUCACCACUGAGAAAUUCCAAGAGGAUAAUAAGCUGUGGGCAGAGAGAGUGGAUUACUACAAGAAAUUGAUUCCUCCACUAACCAAGGGGCGAUACAGGAAUGUGAUGGAUAUGAAUGCAGGGAUGGGGGGAUUCGCAGCGGCGUUGAUGAAAUAUCCACUUUGGGUGAUGAACGUGGUACCUUCAGGCUCUGCUCAUGAUACACUUGGUAUUAUCUAUGAGAGGGGAUUCAUUGGAACGUACCAAGAUUGGUGUGAGGCUUUCUCAACGUAUCCGAGGACAUAUGACCUCAUCCAUGCUGAUAAAGUAUUCAGUUUUUAUCAGGAGAGGUGUGACGUAACAUACAUUCUCCUGGAGAUGGACCGGAUUUUAAGGCCGGAAGGGACAGUGAUUUUUAGGGACACUGUGGAGGCGUUAGUAAAGAUACAAUCUAUUACCGAUGGCAUGAGUUGGAAGAGCCAAAUCAUGGACCAUGAAUCUGGUCCAUUCAAUCCUGAGAAGAUACUUAUGGCUGUCAAGACUUACUGGACUGGAGAGCCCACUCAAAAGCAAUAGCUGUUUUUUCAGCAGCAGCAGCAGCAGCUGUUCCCUUUUGGAUUUUCCAAUUUACUUUUAGUUUCAGGUCAUCUGUAAAUAUGAGGAGGCAAUGUAACUGGGAGUAUCACCACGAUCUUGUUCCCUUGAUCCAUUGCCUGCUUGUGAGCUGUGAUACUUGCUUAUAUUUCGAUAAUAGGCAGAUUGUUUUUUGUCGUCUUCUGAAUUUGAUUGAUCUUCAGCAAACAAACCAAAAAAAGGAAAAAGAAAAAGCAUCGCACGUCUGAACUUGUUAUUUUUCUCUCAAAGAUUACUGCCAAAAAUGUUCUAUGGUUGUAUGGUACCCAAAAAUAAAAAAAACGAGCCGGGCUACGAUGAAAAACUUUUCUGAGCUGAAAUAGCUGAACGAUGAUUGUGCAGGAUUCAGUAUGAAGCCCAGGCUGCGUCAGGGAAGAAGAGCGUCGUAGGUUGGUCGAUGAGGCCAAAGUUGUGGAGGAGCUCGGUGAUGAGCACGCCGGCGACGUAGGAGAGCCCCGACGCGGUGACGCCGAUGGUGAGGUAGUAGAGGAGGGUCUUGACGUAGCUCCGGCUCCGUGCCGGCGUCUUGACGUGCGCCUUGCCGAUGGCCAGCAGCGCGAUGCACGCCAGCGACGCCGCCGCCACCGCCGCCAUCUUCUUCUCCCUCACAUCGCCGCCGCCGCCGCGGAAGGACAGCCCGUAGAUGAGCGGUGGCAGCAGGCCGAAGAGGAGGUAGGACAGCACGGCCAUGGCCACGUGCAACCGGUACUUGGAUCGCCUCCCGAGCUGCGCCCAGUAGUGGCCGCCUUGCUCCUCCACAUCUCCGAUGCUUCUCAGGUCAGCGAUCUACGCAUCCCAUGUUCAUUCAAAGCUCAUCAACUACGGAAUCAAAUUCCGUAUAAUUAAUUAAUCAAUUAUAAGUCAAGAUUGAGUCUUUACGCUGUGAAACAUGACCGGAAGUCCACCGAUGAGGUUAGCUACCCCCAAGAUGAAUAUGUCCACUGCAAAACAACCAAGAACAGAUCCAGAGUUACUUCACUAACAACAUGUCGAUGUGGUGACUAACUGAUGCAUGCAGGAACUAACAAGAAAAGAAAAACAAGAACAUGAACAUGAUUUUACAUGUCUUGGCGCCGCUGGAUGCAGCUGCUGAAACGACGGCGAGGCUGGUGAUCGAUUCGACGAGGCCACCAUAGACGAUGGCUUUCAGGAUGUCCCAAUCAUCUCUUUGGUCUGAUGCAGGAGUACCACUCACUGGCAUAGCAGCAUCAGGGCCUAUUUGCACUGAUGAAUGACCAGGUCGAGUUUGUGGCUCGACUGCUUCAGGAGGGAUCACAAUAGCCCGACUUGGUUCAUCUACCAUCGGGGGAGCCACUUCUGCAAUUCAAUAUGCAACAUCACUAUUUGUUAAAACUUUGAUUAACCACUUAUCUAGCUCGCAAGAAAUGGUGAAACCACACCACACCACACCUGGUAUAAAUAUAGCUGGCUUUGCAUCUGGGAACUUAACUUCUGGCGUAGGGAAUGUGUGGCUUGCUGCUGGAGUUUCUUCAACAUUUGCAAGAGAACAUAUUAAAAAAAAACCAUCAUUGACAUGAUUCAUCUUCUAAGAAAAUGCAUCCUGAUCAGGCAGCCCUACCUUGCUUUUGUUUACCUAGAUGAGCUGCAUCUCCAGGCUUUGGAAGAGGAAUCUGUUGUUCAACUACGGCGUCUUGCUGCCCAAUCACCACGUGUGUUUCCUCUGUCUGCACGAAUCCUGGAUAAGGAUUCAGGUGCAGCCAUUGCUAUUUGGUUACCAUUCGGACUACCAUAAAUCAUUGCAAAUUCAUGAGUCUAUGAGGGCAUUAAACUAACCUGUCAUGCUCUGUCCGGAGCUUAUAAUGCUGGCAGAUGACGAUGAAUGAGCUUCUACAGAUGAUGAUCCACUCACUGCGAAGUCUUCUUUCUUUGAAGUGCUAGCUUGUAGAUGGGAAUAUGACUCGGCUGGCAAUGGUUUCUUUGACCUUUCUUGUUUUACACCUGUGCCAUGAGGAUCCACAGAUGUGCUGCCUUCAACUGGGGAAGUCGUACUAUUGCCAUCUAACAGUGGCUCCUUUUCUGAACAUAUAAUGUGUACAUAUUGUUGAGAGCAAUUUCCACAAAAUGCAGACAAACUGUGUGCUAAUAAGUACAUCAUGCUUUGCAGAUUACAUACCUGCAUCAGUUUUCUUUGGACUGUCUCCAGGCUCGAAACAAGAAAAUAGCCAAGUUCCACAAUUGUCGGAGCCAGACAUCUGAGGUGAUGCAGAAGGUUCCUGUACCUGAGCUUCUUGGUUCACCUCCGUCCUUCCAAAUAUACGGAAUAUAUUAAAGCCACAACCUGGUGGUGACAAACAAUUCAGGCUGGUCCAUUUGAAAAGAAAUAUUCAAGUAACACCAGGUCAAAGCAAGGCAGUAUCCUAAAACUGAACUAGAAAGUCAUCCAAAAAUUCUGCCUCCAACCCAAUCUAUGAUUUAUGGAUGAAAUGGAUCAUGUUAAACUUUCAGUUUUGGCUCUUGAGCAGAAAUAGUACACGUAUGCUCGAUCUGCAACUGUAUGUACUAGUACAACCAUUCUGAUUCAUUUAAUAAGAUUCAAAUGAUGAUGGAUAGUACAUGAUUGCAAGCGCUGCCUGAAAGAAUACCUGUUGGAAUGAAGAAGGCGAAGCAUGAUAAACAUCUGAAUAUUGGUGUCCCUUGCCCCUGUCUUUCAGUUUCAGGAUCACCCUUCGAGUUAUGCACGAGUUGCAAUUGGGACAGAAUAUGUCAUGGGUUUCUUGCUCAUGAAGAAUUUUCUCAAGAUCAUACUCUUCAAUGUUCACUUCGCCCUUUAUGACAUCUUCCUCCUUCUCAGCUUCAAUUUCAUGAACAUUGGUUUUGUUCAUGCUGCCAUUGCCAGUGUGAAGAGCAGCAUUUGAGUUUGCCAGGCUGUUUUGGUUCUUGUGAAUGAUUGUGAUCAUUUUCAAGCCUGCUUUUCCAUUUGCAACUGCAAAAGUUUCACCGCUGUUACAGACUUCAUGUGAACCAUUUUGGUGUGAUCCGUUUUCCAACCUGCUGUUAUUAGAAUGUUUAUAAGUUUCUUGAGAA